GAACGACAGGCACCGGGUGACGGGGACCUCUUGUGACAGGACAUGGCACUACUUAGAUUUAUGUGACCUAUACCAUCAAGGAGACCCUCGAAAGGGACAUUUAGUAAACGGCGAAACAUGAAAGGUCUGGAAAUCAGUGGAGAGAACCUGGAGGAUUUACUGGCCUAUGAUGACCUUUUCCUGGAUUACUUCAAUGCCUUCUUGGCACUACCUGUAUUCCCCCAGGCUCUGGCUUACAACCGGCUUACAGGUGGGUUUGAUGAGGUCCAGGGGCUGGGCACUGCCAUGACGGGGUCUGGCACAGUGACCCCACCCUAUGGGAUCACAGAUGAGGAGAGAGAGAGGAUGUUAGACUGGGCAAAGGAGGAGAGGUUACCUCUGUUUUUACGGACACAGCUGUUCCGUGAGUUCAAACUGGCAAAGUUAUUGUUGCGUCCACUGGAGGAUCGGACAUCUGCGAGUCAUCGGGGGUCGAGCCAAACGGUGCGGGGGUACAGCCGUCAGACAGAAAGCUAUGUGUCCAGUUUGAGUAACAGUGCAGGCAACAGUGCUAAUGAGGUGGCUGAGCAUGGAUCAGAAUUCACGUGGUCAGAAUUCCCUCACUCAGCAUUCCACCCUCUGGAACGUCCCAGUAGCCGGGCGCUCAGUUUGCCUGCACAUGCGCACUUCAACAAGACAGUUCCACCUAUAAAGUUAUCGUCACAGUCGCAAAGGGGAAUAACUGAGAUGGCUGUUAACCCUCCCAUGGGAGAUGGACAGAAAAUGUCCUGCGAAAAUAGUCUGCCUGUAACAGCUGAAGAACAACAGUCAUUGGGGAAGCGUGAAGAAGCUGUCGUCUCCUUUUAUCAAAGUGAAGCCCCAGAUGAUGACAUAGAGCAGAAACGCUCCAAGACGCCUCAGACCUGUUACAGACACAAUCCAUUCUACAGAGACUUGAGUCGGGCGGUGUCGGCUCCCACAAACUACCGUGAAUACUUGAAGUUCCCAUCGUACAGCGACUUUGACGUGCUGUUUGGCCUAGAGGAGCCUGAACCAACAGGCCAGCAUUAUGUGCUGUUCCAGGAUGAGGGUAUCAGUGAGGAACAGACAGAGACAGACAUGAAGAAUCUAGAAGGCAGGCUCAAGAUGUCAUUCCAGCAGAUGAAAGAACAAGUUCUAGGCACUUAUGAAGGAAUGGAAGAUCUGAAGGAGUUUCUGUCUGACACAGCCGGGAUUCAUCUGCUCAACUUCUGGCUGGAUUGUGAAGACUUCAAGGACACGAUGGAGGACUUUGAUGAGAUGGCCAAUGUGGAGACCAGGAACAGGCUGUUCAGAGAUAUCCAGGACAAAUACAAAAUGAGCUUAACAAAGGAGGCUAAGGAUCACCUGCUGAAGGCAGCCAGUAAUGUGGGCCUGAGUCAUACCGUAUUUAUCCACACCCAGUAUGAUGUGCUGAGACGCCUGAGGGCAUAUUGGGUGCUCAGAUUUCUGAUACACCUCGAGAGGAAGAACACUGACAUCAGUUCUUGGUCUGACCGACAUAGCAGUGUCAGACAGCCAGCAGUGUUUGGUCGUCAGACAUCCACGAUGUCCAUCUUCCCAUCCAUCUCACUCGUUAACUCAUUGCCUGUCCAAGCCGAUGUACUGAAGGCCCUCACAAAACUCAACAGCUGGGAGGUGGUCAGUAAAGGAGGCUCUCAGUUCCAUGACAGGGUCAAGUCAGCCAAGAGCAAGCUACAGGCAAGACAACAUACACAAUCUAGACCUUUACGAGAUGGGUUAAUCUUGGCGCUGACUGCAGACAAGUCAGCUGGUGGACCCUUCCAUAGAUUCCUCACCAGACAAGGUAAUACCCUGAAUUUGUCCAUGUUAUUAUUUUGGCAAGAUGUGACAGACUAUGGUGCUGCUGAGGACCGCUCUGCAGACAGAUUACUACGUCUUAACUAUGCCUGGACUAUUUUCAGGAAGUACAUGACAGAAGACAGCGAUACUAAUAUAGGUUUGUCCAGUAUGGAAUGUGACUGCCUAGCUAAGAAGCUAACUGAGGCCAAGGACUUUAUUGAGGCCUCGGUGUUUCACUCUGCUAAGGCUGUUGUUGUGGAUCAUCUGGAGAAAGCCUGGCUCAGGUUUCUUAAAGAAGAUCUCAAGACAUUCCUAGAUUGCAGGUUUGGGUGUGAUGAGGACACAGUGCCACCCAGCACCGCAUCUGUGGUGGAGAUCACUGAGACAGAGGAUAACCAGAUUCUUAUCACCAGGCCACGUCCCUGGGUCCGAAGACGAAAGGGAUCACGGUACCCUGGUUCCACAGAAACAGAGCGCGCCCGCCGUCUACGCUCUGCCCUGUCAUUGGCUGAAAGUAUUGAUGAGGAGCGCCGUGCUGAGAGAAAACGCCUGGCAAAGGAGCGCCGUAAGGAGAUGGAGCGAGAGAGGAGAAAAGCAAUCAGAGCAGCACGAAUGAGGCAGAGGGCUGCGAAAGAGAAGAAAUCUUCUCCAUCAGAGCGUGAUGAGCAGACGGGGUCGGCAGAGGGGGACCUCCCUGACGGACAAGAUGGAGAACCUAAACCUGUCAACUUUGCGGAUAUGACUUCACAUAAAGCGCUGAUCACACUGUUUAAGAAGUACCUUCAGGAUAAAGAGAACAAGGAAACCCUGAACAGCACUGGCCUCUACAUGGACAUCCAGACUUACACAAGUAUGGGAGGUGGCAAGGACCAUAAGCAGAAGAAGGAAACACAAGCUGCUCUGAUACAAAAAACUUACCUGGACCAGAAUGGCAAGAAACACACACCUCUACCCGAGAAGAUCACACAUAAGCUAGCGGCAGAUAAAGACCGUCCCCGCACCCCAGUGCUGAAGGAGAUACAGGUUCAUGUCCUCCCCACAGUGGAUGAGGCUUUCAAGGCAUUUGUAGAGGUACAGGCUGAGAGCAUGGGACUGGAGCCUCAGUCACUGAGCAGUAUGUCAAGAUCAGAGAUGGCAAUGAGGCUAGAGUCAGACUCGUCACUUAUGGCAGGAUGGAACAAGAAGAAAGGAAAAUCUGGGAAGGGUAAGCUGUUAGAUGAGCAAUACCCAGACUCUUUGCUCGGGCUGGAGGAGGAGGACUCCCAAGAGACUCCGCCCCUGGAAGAGAAGAUCCAAUCAGAGCAGACCGACUCUUCCCUUGGCAGCAAGCGGAGAGUUCGGUUCAAGUCACAAGUCUCUCAUCCGCGAGACGUCGAGGCCCGGUCCGUUGUAAAACCAAGAGCUAAGGAGCGUAUCAGAGCUGCUCUUAAGAGGAUGGAGCACUACAGUGAGAAGUCGGCCAUGUCUGCCAUGGUCAGCUCUAAACGCCGCCAAAAGAAGCAAACAGGGCGUGGUCAGCCCACUAAGGAGGAUAAGGUAGGCUUUCUGAUGGCCCUGAACCAGUCGGUGCUGGGGCAUAUCUCCAUCCAGCUCCUUUACUUCUACAAGUACCUGGUCAAGCACGGCGAGGAAGACGGAUUCCCACUCAUAGACAAGGACCUCAUCUUCUACCUCGAAGUCCAAAAGUUCAAGGAAUGCAGCCACAUAUUUGCCGAUGAGGAGAUGUUAAAGCGUAAAGUGCAGUGCAUUGUGGAGUGUUUUCUGGAGUCCAUUACUCCCCCCAAUGUACAGAUCGGCAUAUCUGCGGAACUACAGCAGAAGACCCUGAAGGCUGCCCAGAGGUACUUGAGCGGUAAAGAUGUCACUUCCACCAUCUUUGAUGAAGCACAGUUUGCCGUGUUCAAGGACCUGUUGUAUUACUGGGCAGGGUUCAGGCGCUCAUACCAGCCCCCUGCAGAUCCCACCCGGGUGCCCACCACUAAACUACAGAAGAUUCUGAGAAAACGUCUGGAUGCCAUAGACAACUACCAGGUGCCAGGGACAGGAUUUGUGCUGCCAGAGAUCCCGGGGGCAUCCGUGGCCACCUACUCCUUCACACUACACGAGGGCGUUAAGUGUCGGGAUGGAGGCCUUGAAGAGUUCUCUUCAGAAACACCUGUAGGUGAAAAAGGGGGUGCAACCAGUCGACAGGGACGGCUCAGUGCAGCCACAAACAUGGAUGGUUAUCGUAAACGGUCAAGGGGAGGUCACCUAGCAACGCCCAGUACAGCAGCAUCAUCGGCUGGAUUUCCACGCAGCCCGUUGGCUGUGAGAUAAUCUUAACGCAGAAUUUUACAAUGUGCUUGCUGCAGUCGAACUAUGUGAAAAUUUCUGUUGUGAAUUUAGUUUUUUCCAUAUUAAACAUCCAUUGUGAUGCAGAUAAAUUUGUAGUGUUUCAUUUCGGAAGUGUGUUGUACAUAAUGAAAUAUGAUACUGGAAUGUCACUGUGGGAAUCUCAUGUUGCUGACUUGUACAUAACUGCGCCAGUAGCUUGAAAGUAAACUAAGGAUAUUAAUAUUUAUUUUAACAAAUUAUACAUAUAGUUCAAUUUUUUCAUACAUUAUAGGGAUAAAUUCAUUUGAAAUUUCAUCAUGUUGAACUUUGAUCCUUUAAGAUAGUUGUCAUUGAGUUUCGGCUGUGAGGUGACUUUUAAAUUAUAGAUAUUCCUUUGAAAUAGAAUUAAGGUGUUGCAUUGUUGUGUAUGUAAGAGGAAUACAGGGUACUUAAUCCUACAUUGUGUUAAACAAGUUAAUGAAUGGCAUGCAUCGUGAUGUAUAUGUAGCGGAACAUAUGAGGUUAGCUAGGCUGAAUAUAAAUGAAGUGAUAGCUUCAGUUAUGAAAGAUUAGGUUUGAAUGUUUCAUAUAAACAUGGGCAUGUAAGAAAAGAUACAUGUAAUUAUUGCAACAAGGAGUUGUGAUAUAUUUUACUGUUUAGUUUUAUUUUAUUUUACAUAUGUGUAUUUCCUUAUUUUGCCAAACAAUGAAUAUUAUAUUAUGGGUAAACUGACUACAUGUAUGUAAAUUGUUUAACCGUUUGCCAAAUUAUUACAUUUGACUUGAUGGAGUAAGUUUAACUGGAACUAUAUUUCAAAGAGAUGGAGGAAUUGGGGAAAAAAAUGUCAAGGGCUUUCCCAUCUUCUGGAU